CUGUAGCAUGACUGUGUAAAACCGCCCGGGAAGGGUUGAUUGCCAUUAGCAGCCAGCGAUGGCGUUGGGUGUGCUCAGCCCGAGCCGUGCAAGGAGAGCUUUAAGAGGUUUAUGAGCAGCCCGAGGUUCAGCAGUUCAUGUUUUGUGGCUGCAGCGGGGCUAGGGAUCCCUUCCUGAGGGAGGAGGCAGAGAAAGCCCGCACGGAGAAUGAGCUCAUCGGUGUAACUCGAUCUGCUGCUGCCCCUGGAUGGUGGGGUGAAAUCCAGGUGUUUGGGUCUGGGCUGUUUGUACUGGUGGCACCCAAACCGUGGGGCUGUAUGAACCAGUCCUGCAGGUCAGAGGACUCAGGGAUGGUUUUCCUUGCACCACCUGUUGCAGAAUCCACUCUGAUGACACAGCUGGAAAAUUCCAGAGCCUGUUUCUGAGCUUCCCCACUGCCUGCUUAUCAAAGGACUUGCACAAACAAUAUAAAAAUCUCCAGAGCAGCAAGUCAGCGCUGAUUUUUCCCAGGUGCUUUGUUUGCUUUGUGCUCAAACAGUCACCUUUAACUCCUUUAUUUUCGUCUUCCCUUUGGAAAAGGAAAGGAGCUCUCAGUAAAAAAUGUCGUGGAUCAGAGAGGGCGAGCUGACCAUCAUAGAGAGGUUCUGUGCCAACAUCAUUAAGGCAGGUCCGAUGCCCAAGCACGUUGCCUUCAUCAUGGACGGCAAUCGCCGCUACGCCCAGAAGUGUCACGUGGAGAGACAGCAGGGACAUUCCCAAGGCUUUGAUAAGCUGGCACAGACACUGCGGUGGUGCUUGAACCUGGGCAUUCGGGAGGUGACAGUUUAUGCCUUCAGCAUUGAGAACUUCAAACGCUCCAAGGAGGAGGUGGAUGGGCUCAUGGACCUGGCCAGACAGAAGUUCAGCCGCCUCCUGGAGGAGCAGGAGAACCUGAAGAAGCACGGGGUGUGCAUCCGUGUCCUCGGGGAUCUGCCCCUCCUGCCUGUGGAUAUCCAGGAACUGAUUGCCCAAGCUGUGCUGGCAACCAGGAACUACAACAAGUGCUUUUUGAAUGUCUGCUUCGCAUACACAUCGAGACACGAGAUCAGCAAUGCUGUCAGGGAGAUGGCCUGGGGGGUGGAACAAGGACUGCUGGAACCCAGUGACGUGUCUGAAUCGCUGUUGGAUAAAUGUUUGUACACCAACAACUCCCCCGACCCAGACCUGCUGAUCAGAACCUCUGGAGAGGUUCGACUCAGUGAUUUCCUGCUCUGGCAGACAUCCCACUCAUGCCUGGUGUUUCAGUCAGUCUUGUGGCCAGAAUAUUCCUUUUGGAACUUAUGUGAAGCUAUCCUCCAGUUCCAGAUGAACUACAGUGCUUUACAGAAGGCCAGAGACUCCUACCUGGAGGAGAGGAGGCGACAGCAGAUGGAGAGGGACCAGGCUUACGUGACCCAGAAGCUGCAGCAGGAGGGGUGCGCGUCCCACGGAGACUCGCGGCGCCGGCGGACGCUGCUGCAGAAAUGCACGGCCCUGCGGGAGGAGAGGAUCCAGGGCUUCCUGCAGGCCCUGGAGCACAAGAGAGCCGACUUCUUUGAGAGAUUGUGUCCGGUGUCUGCAUGACACAGGUGCUGGGCUCUGGGGAACGCAGUGUUCAGAGGGAGCAGCUGCUGCCCAGAGGGACUGGCUCAGCAGGGUCCUGCCGUGGGCACCCGGGGCUGCUCCAGGACCUGCCCGGGGCAGGGAUGGGUGCUGUGAACUCUCCUGGUCUGUGAUGCUGCUGAGGAAGGUGAUGCUGUCCUGUGUCACCUCCCUGCCCUGGUGACAGAUACCUGCACCCUGCUGGCUCCUUGACAGGCCAGGUGUUCCGGUGACAAGAAGUUAACUGCAAUGAGCCUCCUCCAGUUCUCUGAUUCCUCCUGAACUGGCCCAGCCAAACCAGUUCAGUCCUGUUAAAUCAGUCUGGGCUUGGGUUCUUUCCAUGGCUUUGCAGUAGGGAAUCUUCUGUUGAGGUGUCCUCUGCUGUCCCAUCCAUAGAGCCCUGCUUUCUGCAGGGAGAGGAUUAUUCCUGGUGUCAGGGACAUUCCCCACUGCCUACUCAGUGAGAGCAUCUUGUCUUUUCCCCCCCUGACUCUGCUGGGUUGGGUGUAUCCACUCCAGGCUUCCAGGGAGCUGAAGGAAGGGUUCCCAGCCUUGCUGUAAAGAAAAAGCUGCUCCAAAGCUUCAGCAGGUUCUGAGAUCUCUCCUGGGCAGUGUCUUUGGGGAAGCGCAGAAGAUGCUGGUGUUGGGCCACACUGACCUUGGGAAGGGCUCUGAGCAGGCAGGAAAAAAAGGAUUGGUUGGGAAUGAACCUUCUCAGGAAGGAAAGGAAAUUGGCUAAACACAGGUGAUGGCUACCACAUGCCAAACCCUCUGAGGGUGUUCCAGGGAAUGAGGGUGGGCUUAAUUCAGGAAUACAGUAGCCAAAACCACCAAUGUCUGACCCCAGCCAAAAUGGUUCAGAAUGAUAUUAAAGGGAGUGGCUGGAGCAGCUGUGGAGUAUUGUUCUCAGUUUUCCAUUGGCAGGGAGAUGGACAAGCUGAUUUCCAGGAUUGUUUCUGUCUCUGAUUCCUCCUGGCUUCCGUCCCCAUGAUCAAAAUACCUGAAAAUGUCUUGAUUUUUGCUCCUGCUGCACACACAGGUGUGGCUGUACCAGCUAUUGCUGGGUUUGAAGUGUUUCUUCUUACCUCCAGGUGAAAACCACAAAAUGCAGAUUUAAAAGCCUUGUGCACUUGGCCUGUGAUUGUGAAGAGAAGAACUGUGUAGUCAAACUGGGAAUAAAGUAUAUUCAUACCAAAGUUAUUUAAAAAAUAACCUGAAUGUUUAAAAGUAUGUAGAGCUGCUUAUUUUAAGGUGUGAUGAAGCUGGAAUCCAGGUUUAAUAUAAUAAUAUUUAAUCUGUGACAGACUCCUGCUGUGAUUCCUGUUAGCCUGGGAAUGAUUUGAAGGUUGUUUUUACAGUGUAGUGUGAGCAGUUUUCUGAUACCCCAAGGGAAGCUGUGUGCAGGUACCACCUCUUGUGUAAGUAGCAAAGAGAAUUUGGAUAAAAAUGUGCUGAGAUGAUGAGAGCUGUUGAUUUUAAACUUCUUCCACUGCAUUUUAUUUUCUCCACAUUUCAGGAAACUCUGGAAACAGUUUACUCUCCAUGAGAUGGAAACUCUCUAGUCUGCUUUACCAAGCUGAUGGGGAAACUCUUCUACUCAAAAAAUGCAUUUUUGCCUUAAGAAAAAACAAAAACCAAAAACUUUCCAUUGUGUUAUGACUCUACAGGUGACAAAAGCCACAGUGGUGGCUUUCCACAAAGUACUGCUCCUCUUGCAGGGGAGGUAAGUGAAGGAUCUGGUUUAUAAAAUACUUGUAUGGAAAGUUUUAAUCCAUUUUAUGGAAGGCAUCACUGGAGUAGGGGAGGAGGAAGAGUCCUUCAAACAGUGGCAAAAGGUUCCUGUUACCUGACUUUGUACAUUUCAACUGCAUCAGUUAUUCCAGUAAAUGCAAUUGCAGUUA